AUGCCAUUGGCACCAAGGGAUGGAACCUCUCAAACUGUAUCUAAUUCUCAGACACCAAGGGUUGGCUUAUCUCAAACUGUAUCUAAUUCUCAGAUACCAAGGGCUGGCAUAUCUCAAGCUGGAUCUAAUCCUCAGAUACACCGAAGAAUCGAAGCUGCACUUGCCUCAGUACAUAUCAUGGACCCGAUUCCACUUGAACGCCGACGCCACAGACGUAUGAGAGUGCGAGAAACGAUGGAAUCGACAAAUGGACCUUGGGACAAAGAAAGAGAGGAAUUAAUUGCAUACGCGAAUAAGCUAUCAAGGUUUGAGUCUACAAGACUUCAGAUAAUCAGAUCGAAGAAAGAGAAUUUGACGGCGACAGAAGUGGAAGUCAUUGAGGAAUUGAAGCGUCAAGAUGAGAGGAGAGCAAAGAGUGAGGAACGAUGGGAAGAAGAAUUGAAAAAGAAUUCGGGUCUGAUCAAAAAAGUUACGAGGACAAAGAGACGUAACUCAAUCAGAAAAACUCUCAAGCAAGAAAGAAUUGCUUACGAGGCUGUCAAAGAUAAUCUCAGAACGCAAGCCAGAGAUGCUGAAUGCGAAGUCGACAGAGAAUAUUUGCGGAAAAAAGAGAUGGAUUAUGAAAUCAAGAGAUUAUGGGAAGCUGAAGCGACUAGAUGGGAGAUGGAGCUGGAGAUCCCAUCCCUUCUGAGAAAGUCCGAACUCCCGACAGAAGAGCGGGACUAUUUGAAUAUCUCUAUAGGUAAUUCUUAUGUACAUAAAAGGUGGUGUAUGGCUGGUCCAGUUGAUAGGGAACCGUGGUCUUAUCGUAACAAUGAACGGAAAAUGGUAUGUGAGGAUUGUAGGGCUGAUGAAAUUUGGAAAAACAGAAUGCAGGAGAGCUCAGAAUUACCGGGUACUCCAGUUCAGGAUGUCAAUGAACUUGUAUAA